UUGUGGUUUUUCGGUCCACUCCCACCUCCGGCUGCCCACUCAUUUUAAAACGUGUGAUGUUGCUCAGAGAUGCUCCAGUUCUCAUUAUGGACACCGACUAUCCUGAGGUGAGGAUGCUGCACGGGCACACAGCCGUCGGCCUGGAGACGCGCGGACGGAGGAAGCUGCCGGUGCUGCUCUUCACCAACAGCAUCCUGACGUGCGCCUGUGUGGCUCUGUGCGUCUACACCAUCUACAGAACCCAAGAGAAAGCCUGGCAUGGACCAUUGCCUGUGGACAGAGGGAUAUACAUGAACUUGUUGAAAGUCUCCCCAGAUUCCCCUUACCUGAACUUCAGUGUGACCUGGAACAAUGAACUGAAGCUUGAGUAUGGCAGUGAGGUGAUGGUGCCUUGCCCAGGCCCCUACGUUUUCUUUAUCUGUGCUAAUUUACAAGGUAAUGGCACCAAAGGCAAUCUGACCCUGUCACAGGGGCACAGAAAUUUCUCCUUUGAACUGUUUGCCACAUUAGAGACAAGGUGUGUGAGACACCAGAAAGUGAUCAGCCUCUACGAAAAGGAGAAAGUCACCUUCAGUUUCGAAAACAAGUAUGAUGAAGAAUAUAUCUUCCUGGAGGACCUCCAGGUAGGCCUACACUACUUGUUGGGAACCCGAAACAUUAUAACUCCAGAUUUUGGCCCACUCUAAAGGAAUUAUUAUCAAAGCCAAGGUAUUCCAUACCCUGCUCAAGCUAAAACAGAAGUGAAAUAGCGUGGAUUAUUUUUUAUUAACACUGAACAUUUGUCUCACAGUUAGUAAGCAGAUUUACAUGGUGUUAAAGUGGUAGCAGAUUGAAAGGGUAAUUGUCUGUUGCUUUUUAUUACACUGGUCUGAUAAAUGCUUGUGAGGCAAAACAAGACAAUAACAGCAAAAACAACACAUUAUUAUAAUGAAAUGGGGAAAAAUUUUUCUACACAAAAAAUAGAAUAUAUUAGCAGUUUCUUUUAAAAAAAACAAAAAAGCUGUGUUGAUGCCAGAUUGAGAAGUUUGUAUAAACAGUAGCUCUAACAUACUGACACAGCUAAUUUGGUUAUCAGGCUUACUGCCAUUUGUGAUGCAUCUUCAUCAUAUUGUUACAAUAUGUAAAUUAAGCUAUUGGUAUGGGUUGCUUUUAUCAGAACAUGUAUUCCUAACCUGAAUCUGAAAUGAAUGCAAAAGUCCUAUUAGGGACUAUUUGUAAGCUGGGAAUGUUUGCAAAUGGCUAAUUCUCUACUGUAUAAUGCUACAAAGCCAUGCCGUAAUGUAUUCUAUAAUAGAAAAUAUGUGCAGUGAUACCAUGUUGUAUCAAAGUUUACACAUAUGUAGAUGGGUGAAUGUAUUUUGGUUUUUAUAUUUAAUAGGAUUGGCUUGCCUACUAAUUUUUAGGCUGUUUUAAAGCUAUGCAAUAAUCACUUUAAUAAUCAAAGUGAUGUUAAUGUUAGAAUGUCAAUGGUCUCAAGGUUUAUUUUAUGAUGUAUGGAUUCAUUUACACAUUUACACACAGUACUGUCUUACGCACAUGUAAAUAAAUGUUGCAGACCAAAAA